GGGGCCCCACUUCCGCUUCCGGUGAGGCGGCGAAGCGAAAGGGAGACUCGGAGGGGGGCCGGGUCGCCUCCGCGGAGGAGCCAGGCGGGCCCCGAGCCAUGAGGGGGCGGGGGCGGCGGCCGCAGGAGAAGCAGCACCAGCGGCCCCCUGGGCGGCCCUGAGGGGGAGCCCGAGCAGGCCCGAAACUCCUCCGCGGCCUUAGGGCGAGCAGGGCCCGCCAGAGCGAGAGCGGGGAAAAAACGAGGCGGGCGGGCCCAACCAUGGACAACCAGUGCAUCGUCCAGGUGAAGCUGGAACUGGGGCACCGGGCCCAGCUGCGCAAGAAGCCCACCACCGAGGGCUUCACCCACGACUGGAUGGUGUUUGUGCGAGGCCCCGAGCAGUUUGAGAUCCAGCACUUCGUGGAGAGGGUGGUCUUUCGGCUGCACCAGAGUUUCCCAAAACCGAAGCGAGUCUGCAAGGAGCCUCCCUAUAAAGUGGAGGAGUCUGGGUACGCUGGCUUCAUUAUGCCCAUCGAAGUCCACUUCAAAAACAAGGAGGAGCCCAAGAGAGUCUGCUUUACUUACGACCUCUUCCUAAACCUGGAGGGUAACCCGCCCGUCAACCACCUGCGCUGCGAGAAGCUGACCUUUAACAAUCCCACCAAGGAUUUCCGGCGGAAACUCAUCAAGGCGGGAGGGGUGAUGGUGAUGCCAGAAGGCGCAGAGACCGUUUCUAGGCCCAGUCCCGACUACCCCAUGCUACCCACAAUCCCGCUCUCCGCCUUUUCGGAUCCCAAGAAGACCAAACCAUCACAUGGGUCAAAGGAGGCUGGCAAGGAUGGAAGCAAGGCCUCCAAGCCACACAAGGUCACUCGGGAGCAUCGCGAGCGGCCCAGGAAGGACUCUGAGAGCAAAGCUUCUUCCCGAGACCUCGAGCGAGAGCCAGGUAAGGCCAUCAAGGACUCCUCCAGGAAACCAGCAGAGAACAAGCCACCCAAAGAGGAGAAGCCGCUCCCGAAGGCCGCCUUCAAAGAGCCAAAGCUGGCCGUCAAGGAGCCCAAAGUAGAGAACAUGUCCCCGAAAGGCGGUGGUGGCCCCCCAGGGCCAGAAGGGAAGCCGGCCGGCAAGAGGCCCCCGGCGGUGGAGUCGCCCAAGCUCAGCGCCAAGAAGCCCAAGAAGAGCAGCUCCAAGGCGGCCAAGGCAAGCGGGGGCCUCCCGGCCACCUCCCCCCGGACUGCCUCAUACGCCGAGAAGAAGCUGGCCAAGGAGAAACUCGGCCCCAAAGCCGAAAAGGUGAAGCCGGAACCCGAGGCCAAGGCCAUCAAGAAGCCUCUGGAGGUGUCUGUGGCGGAGGAGUCCAAUUCGGAAGAAGAAGCCUCUCUGAAAUCAGAGUCCGCCCCGUCCAGCCCCUCUAACUCAAGCUCCAGCUCUGACUCCAGCUCCGACUCUGAUUUCGAGCCGUCCCAGAACCACAGCCAAGGGCCCCUGCGUUCCAUGGUGGAGGAUCUGCAGUCGGAAGAGUCGGAUGAUGACGACAGCUCCUCCGGGGAGGAAACGGCCAUCAAGGCCACCCCCGUCAGCCGAGACGCCAGGCUCAGCCACAGCGACAGCGACAGCGAUAACAGCACCGACUCCUGCCUUCCGAGUCGUGAGACUCCUCCCAGCCAGAAACUGUCCCUUCCUAAUAACAAGGUCCCAGGGCGGAAAAGCCCGGAGCCGUGCACCAAGCCGGAAAAGAUUCUGAAGAAAGGAACCUACGAUAAGGCCUACACGGACGAGCUAGUGGAACUCCACCGGAGGCUGAUGGCUUUAAGGGAACGCAACGUGCUUCAGCAGAUCGUCAACCUCAUCGAGGAAACCGGCCAUUUCAACGUCACCAACACCACCUUUGACUUUGACCUCUUCUCUUUGGACGAGACUACCGUCCGUAAGCUGCAGAGUUAUCUGGAAGCUGUGGCCACGUGACCUCGGGCCCGCGGGAUGGAGAACCCUUCCUUCUCUCUCUCUCUUUCUCCCUCUCUUUCUCUCUCUCUCUCUCUUUCUCUCUCUCUCUUUUUCUUUUUUUGGUUUUAGGAAGAAGGAAAAAAAAAGAGGAGGAAAGUAAAUAAAAAUUCCCAGGAUCCCACUCUGUUUGGUACCAGGAAAACGGACCUCGGCCUCUGCCUUACCCCCGCCCUGCCCUGACUUGCCUGAAACACUGCCUUAGGGGUUACGGCUACGUUCUAGGGAUCCCGGACCACACGCCUGCCGGCUGCACUUCUUUCCUCGGUCCCCGGCUGAGCCCCGGUCCUCUCUGGCUCCUGUCCUCGUGUCCUCAAGCUCGCUCAGAACUGGUAGAGCCGCCGCGGGGGCUCGGAUCCUCGUUCCCCCCCCCGGCAAUGGCCUUCGUGGGUCUCGUCUUCGUCUUUUUUUUACAUCAGCUAAAAUUUUCAGAAACAGACUUUCAGAACCUGUGGGUGUUUUGAGACAUUUCAGCAUAGGCUGAAUCCAACCAUCCUUUUCCCCGCCGGACUUGCCGUUGCGACCCGACCGCUUGGACCCUCGGUGUUUCUCCCGGCUCCUUCCCCUUCGCAUCUCCGACGGCUACGGGAAGAGACGUUUCCCCCUCCCUUGCUCCAGAUCAGGGCAACCGAAUCCCGGAACUGACCCAGAGACAUCAGCCCCGAUUUGAGUGGCGCCGUGGUUCAGACACGCCUCCGAGUGCCCCUUUGCCACGGGGGUUGGUUGUGUAGCUUCUGAACCUUUCCAGACCCUGAACCUUCUACAUUUCAGCCAGUGGCGCCAAGCGAGACUUGAACCUGCUCCUUCGGGGGCUGGAGAGGUUUUCCGGGAACAUUUGCGCUCUCCUCAAAAGGAGCCUCCCUGGCUUUCUGGCACUUGCACCCUUGGAUCUGUUCCCCCCCAAGCCAUGGCUUCCUUUUUCUCAUUUUUUUAAAAAAAUCUACUCUUAACUGUAAGGACUACAUCGUUCUACGCUGUCUAUUUUAUAUCUAUCUAUAUAUAUUAUAUAUAUGUAUGGUGUAAGAAGGGCCUCAUUGGGUCUCGAAGUCUCAGAGGGGUGUCUUGUGUUUUGGGGAGGUGGGAAUGGGGUGUUAGUAUUUUAAAGGGGGGGUGGGGAGAAAUAGCAAAAGUGGCUGAAUGGAAAGGGUUAGAAGGUUUUGACUUGUUUCUCUUUUGUUGUUGUUCAAAAUAUUCUUGGGACAGUUUUUUAGCUCUUGAAAGCUGGGUCAGUAUCCUCCGAUAAUGGACUGGUCUGUAGUGGCUGUCUUUUUUUUACCAAAAUCUCUUCCACCGUCAGUGUUCAGAUCCGCCUUUUUGCCAAAUCGCAGGACCGUCUUGAUGUUCUUGCUCAGAACCUCCCUAACCCCCCCCCAAAAAAAAUCGCUUUGCUUUGCUCUAGUCCUAGCAGCUUAGCGAGGAACAGACCGGCUAAAUCACGGAGACUUAUUUUGUGUCGUGGCUUUUUCGUCGUCUUUUUGUUUAUAAAGGAGAAAGGAACAAAAGGAAAAAAAACCCACUAAGAGAAACACGAACUCCCAAGCUGGUUGUUUCUCUGCGACACUUAUUGGAAUAUUUGUCAAUAUUCCGUGCUUGUCUUGCUUGAUGUCUUGGGUGCAUUUGAGCAGAUGAUUAUGGGGAAGGGAAGGCCUGAAAGUUUAAUUUAAUACAAGUAGAAAGUCUUCCCACCUUCCCGUUCCCCGGUUUUAGUAUUUUUUGUGGUGUUUUUAAUCCAGUCCUUUCACAUUUGUUUAAAAAAAAAGCUAAAGAAAAAAAAUACCAGUGUUCAGCAGGGUUGUUUGGAGAAACCCUUGUGAAAUAUUCCCGGAUUGCUGGGUCGUGUUUGUGUGUUUUAGGGGUGGUGGCAUGGUUUGGGGUUUUGAUGGCAUUUUCUCGGGAUCUCCCAAAGCCAGGGGCUCAGAGCUCUCUGGCUUCUCCGGGGUCUUGUUUGGGAGAUUUUAUUUUAGCAAUAGGAAGCACGGAGUUCUGGAUCCCUCCCCUCUGAUUUGAUCCUGCCCGUGUUAUGACGAAAGAGAGACCUGUAUGGCCAUUGGCUUGUCCAGAUUGGGGUCAGGUUGAUCUCAGAAUUCCCUCCUGAGCCCUCUUCCCCCUCUUGCCUGCUCGCCCCCCCCCGGCUCCAACCCCCCUUCCCACCUGUCCAGAGGUUGUUUACCUCGGGUCUCUCUCUCCGCCCGCAGUGCCAAUUUCCCGGGCCCACGUCUUGCGACACCGGGAUCUCUUAUCGCUUGGCCCCGAUGCUUCGGGGCGGUGAAACCUUCAAGGGGAGAGCACGCCACCCCAGUGGGGGGAAAGCAUGGGGCAGAGUGUCCUUGAAGCUGCUGGGCGGCCUUUUCCUGGCACUAGUUUGGUCUGGCUGGCCUGGGGCUGCUUUUCCUCUGUGCCGAGUUCGGAUCUCGAGGGCGUGCUCUCUAAAGACAACCUUGGAAGCGGCUAUGUCCCGCUCCUGUCCCCUUCUGUACCCCACUCUUUUCUUUUUUGGGGAUGGGGGACCAAACGCAAGGGGUCAAGAAGGGUGUAUCCUUGCAGAUUUUGAAAGCCAAUGUGGCAACAUACACAAAUUCCCUUCCUGGCCACCGAACUCACAGCUUCUGGUUCCCCGCCCACUUUUCUGUUAUGUGUUCAACUUAAGAGGCGUUAGAAGCUUCCUGGUGGGGCUGGGACCCCAAACGCCACCUUUGAUCACGCUCCCCCCCCCAAAAAAAAUCCCUCCGCCUUCCUCGCGGUCUUGUCUUUUUUCUUCUGGCUGUAGAGCCUUUCCUGGGUUCGAUGCUGUGCUUGUGAGUCCUCCUUGUUGUUGCCCCCCCCAACGAUCUCCGAAGAGAGGUACAGUUCUGUUUUGCAGGAAUUGGUUGGGCCAGUCCAGGUUUAUCUUCCGCCUCGAGCCGUGGUGUAUUUUUCUCUCCUCCACACAUGCCCGUCGGGGUUUAGAACUCAGCAGAAACGACGACCGUCCUCUUUUUUUUCUCUUGCAUUAUCUCCCCUUCCUUGUAUAUCUUGACCCCAUGCUGUUCAGUAGCUGUGAUUUUAGUUCUACCAAGGGGUUUUUUUGGGGGGGGGAGAGGAUUCGGGCCCAAGAGGAAGAAGGAGUGUGAGUCCGGGAGGAAACCGAUGCCUCUCGAGUAGUUGUGACAUUUUGGAAACCCCAGCCAUGUCUCCUCCCGCCUCGGGGUUUUUGGAUGCUGGUGGUGUUUUUAGAAAGGGGAAAUUGCGGGACGUAUGGGGGGGGAUUUUUAAAAAAAGCAAUAAUGUUGUUUUAAGAAAGUGGAAGAAGUUGGCAUAGAAAGUGGAAUGCCGUUUGGCAUCCCCCCUGCGUUCUUUCCGUUUUACUCGCGCACAGAGGCGAGCAGGGGCUCCCGCCUGAGCCCGUCCGUUACAAUCCCUAGUGAUUUCCCAGCUGUCUGUGUGAUCUAAAGAUUUAACAAAGCAGUAUACAGAUGGGGGGGGGCAGGUUAAAAAGAACCGUGGACUAGCCGCUUACAGGGGUGAGCCUCUCUUUUCGUUUGGCAAGCGCCACUUGGAAGGGAGGUGAUUUCCUCCCUUAUGGGGCAAAUAGCCCCCUAAAGUACGGUGGCCAAAACACCCCCUCCCCUUUUGCCGCUGGGAUCCGGACAGGACUUUCCCACUCCUCUUGGCCUCAGGCAACCAAAGCCAGGCCAAACCAGGCCUGGCAACGGCAGGGCUUCGUUUGCUGAGGGGCACCCUCUCUGUAACCCUUUUUCCCAGCUCUCAUCCAGGACCAGUAAAAUAAAACCCCAAACCCACAACGCCAUCAGAAUAGACAGGACAGAGUUAAAAACUAAGACCUGGAAGGAAUCAGGCUGCCUCUUGGGGAAGCACCCAGAGGGAUCGUCCACUGUGCCCAGCGAACAUCAUUUUUGUUGCCGAGAGGAAAAUAUUACCCGAAAGUCGGUACUGUGUAGGGGGAUUUUUGUUUUAACUUCUCCCGUAUUCCUCCAUCCACCCACCCAUGAGUUCUCCCGGCUUUACCUUCAUUUUGCUGGAAUUUCCCUGGCCACACCAUCUGUCUUUUUGGCCUCUGGUGGGAAGCUGCCUUCCCGGCCAUGGAUUCCAGGAAGGGCAUCGACGGGGGCCUGAGCCAAACGGAGCAGCGCCCUCCAAGCUCCUCUGCCCCAUCUUAAGCCAUCGAGGCUUGGCCACAUUGGGGGAACUGGCUGGGGAAAACCCAUUGGUUUUCUCCUAGACUUUAAACCAAGCCCCGCUUCUUUCCCGGACCUCCGGCCUCAAAAGUUCUUUUCCAGUCCGUUUCCAGUUCUGUGUCUUUCAACCCGACUCCGUGCGCGACCCAGCGGGAGAAGAGAUGCCUAAGGUGGCCGAUUUAUAAUAGGAUUUGAAUGGGUUUUGGCCAGACCUGCCAUAAAAAUCUCAUGCGCGGUUAAAACAAAAACCAGCAGGUUCCUCUUUGCUUCCAUUCUUUGGGUCCAGCAUUUCAUCCAUCCACAAAUGGGGAGGAAUAAACUUCCCUGUCUUUCUGAGUGUCUUGAGACUUCCCCCCUCCUUCUUUUAAAACUCAGCCAGGUUGCUAGUCCUUAACGUUGCUGGUGGGUGGGGAUUCCCUGGCGAGACAUUAAACCCAAAGAGGUUCGUCCAAGUCCUCACAAAACAGGCCGUUGUGAGCCGCUCCACAGUUUCACCCAUGUUUUUUAAUGUGUGUAUUAUGGCAUGUACAGGUUGCAGUAUUUUGCGAAACGCCCCUUUUUCUUGCAAAAAAAAGUAUGCAUGAUGUGAGUCUCGUAACGAGUCUCUUAACUCGUUAAGUUUCAGUAGGUGUUGAUUGGAAGGAGGGGCAGUCGGUCGGCGGUCCUGGAGCUCCAGGACCUUUUAGGCCUUGAAGAAAAAAAGUUUGCACUCUUAGGAGGUGGUGACCGAAUACUUUAAAAUCUUCUCUCGUGCGGGGUGGGGUGGGGUAGGAUGGGUUCAUCCUUUCGUCACCGGCUCCGUUCCGCUGGAAGCAAAGGUAUUAAAUACCUGGCCAGUGUAUUAGAAAGAUGUUCGACGCCAUUUCGAGGGGAGGGGGUUUGCGAAAGCUGCCCCCCUCCUUGCCCCUCCCCAGGCCUGUGGUUUAAAAAAAAAAGAGGAAGCCUAAGGAAAAAAAGGGGGGGACUGGGGGAGGAAAGGGGGGUUUACAUGUUUGUAAUAAGUUAUGGGAUCGUUUUUUCUGUCCUGAAUUUUAUGCUCCUUUUUUGUUUGUUUUGGUUGAACUUGUGAGAUUUAUGGAGGAGUUUUAUAGGAAAAAAGGAAAAAAAGAAAACGUGAAAUAAAGCCGCGAGUCACAACCAUG